UUAAAAAGAGGCCAAAGCAUGUCCAAAAAUACUACCUUGGAAACCCCAUAAAUACUGCAGUGUGAGGAACCCUCCGCUCCGAACACACAGCUGAUCUUCCUAGUCUUCAGCAGGGUGGAUAAAGAGCAGCAGGUGUGCUAUGUCUUUGGCUGGCGCAGCAGGCACCCAUGGCGAUGAGCACUUCCCCGCCGUGGCCCUGGGAAGCAGCCUGCUGCCCGAGGAGCCCAGGGGCAGCCCCAGCCUGGCCGACCUUCCCAGGGAUGGCAACGCCUCCGAUAAGAGCGUCGACUACAGCAGAUCUCAGUGCUCCUGCAGCUUAAUUUCUUACUAUGAUUACUCGGAAGACUUUCUCUCUGAAUGUUCAGAAACAGCCGCUAAUGAGAACUAUUUAGAGAAACCUGUGAUAAAGGAAAAAAACGAGAAGAAAAACUACGUUUCUGAACUCUUCCAACCUAAAGCCAACAGGUGUCCUUGUUACAGAGCACCACGGUGCUUGGAUUUCAGUGGCUUCUUGCCUUUCAUCUCAGCUGGAGAGUUAUGGUUUGAAUCACCAAUGAAAUACCAAUUCCUGUCUCAACAGCCCGAGAGGAUGUUCUCCAACUCUGGCCAGAAGGAAAUCUCAGUUGAAAAAAAGCAGAAGUGGAAUGCAUCACUUCUAAGUUCUAAAAUCAAUAUGAUUACCCAGAGAAGAGAUGCCAUAACUCAGCGCGUGCUCUCAGCCAGGCUCCAUAAGAUUAAAGAAUUGAAAAACGAAUUAACUGACAUACAUCGGAAGAUGGAAGCCACGACCUUAGAGAACCAAUUAUUGAAACAGCUUGAGAUUAGGCACUUGAAAGCUAUAGGAAGAUAUGAGACUUCACAAAAUAAUGUACCUCAGAUUAUGGCUAAACAUCAGAAUGAAGUGAAAAAUUUAAGGCAGCUACUUAAGAAAUCCAAAGAAAAGGAAAGAACUGUGUCCCGGAAACUCAGAGAAACGGACAGCAAACUGCUGAAGACCAAGGACGCCCUGCAGGCCCUGCAGACACUCUCUGAAGACAGGAGCCUGGCGGAGCGGGAGGAGCUCACCGAGAGGCUGGCUGUCCUGACCACCAAGAUGGAGGCCAACGACAAGCAAAUCCAGAGCUUGGAGAAGCAGCUGCGGUUGAACAACAAGGCCUUCAGCCGGCAGCUGGCCAUCGAGAACCAGAAGACGCUGGCCGCCCAGACCGCUAAGGAGACGCUGCAGACGGAAGUCAGACUCCUCCAGCAGAAACUGAAGGAGAAAGAUCGAGAGCUUGACAUUAAAAACAUCUACACUAAUCGGAUAGUGAAAAAUUUACAUGACAAAGAAGAUUAUCCAAUAGUUUCUUCAACAAAAUCAGUGCAGACAGACAGGAAAAGCGUUCCAUUUACAAGUACGAGACAACAGGGGACCCAGAAAUCGGAAGACGUGCCAUCUUUGAUGACAAAGGGUAAAAAGCUAACAGGAAACACGGGUCAUAAAGAAAAAGCCACUGGCAUAGUCCAUGUAAUUCCUCACUGUAGCAGUAAACUGCCAAGCCAAGAGGAGUCCAAGAGAAAAUAUGAAGAUUUAUCAAAGGAAGAGGAACCCCUGAAAGUACCAGCAGCUCCGGAGAAUACUGGAAGACAGAGAGAGAAAAAAGCAAACCAAGAGAAGAGAACCACUUCGGAAAAAGAACAAGAACUACCCUCAAAAAGAAUCCAAGUCAUUCACCCCGAACGGGGAGGCCAACAGGAAAAUGAUGCCGCAAAAGAGCUUAAAAAAAGUGUCCCAAAAAGCGACAUGGAUGAGGUACCGAACAAAAAUGCCCAGAAUACCAAGAUACACCUGCGGCAAAGAAAGCAUUAUUUAUUCACAGAAGCCACGGAAAAUUUGCAUAACGGGCUUCCUGCUUCAGGUGGGCCAGCCAAACCAGGUGCCUGGAGAUGCAACCACAGCACAGGCAAACGGCGUGGCGGUGCCAAAGACCUGAAGCCCAGGCACUCCGGGAGCGGGUAUGAGCCCUCUUUUGGUAAGUCUUCCAGAACCAAAGCAAAAGACGCAACUUUCAGAGAAAAGAAAAGCAACCUGAUGGAGGAACUCUUCGGAUCAGGCUGUGUCUUUAAAAAUGACCAAGCAAGUGCUGCUAAUGAAGGGUCUGAGGAGACUUGGAAAAGUAAGAAGAUGCAGCAGCCACCCCCUAGUCAGGCCUCUGCCAGCAAUGCUUUUGGAGAUUCUAAAGUAACUGUGGUGAAUUCUGUUCAGUCAUCGUCACCUACAGAAGGAAAAAUAAAAAUAAUUAUUUAAAUAAAAUCCAUAUUCUAAUACA